CAUUAACCGGGUGACCACGCCCCUUCGGCGGGUAUAGACACGCCCCUUAGUUGGGUGUGGUCGCACUGCCUUAAACGGACAUCUCCACGCCCCGUACCCAUGGCCCCGCCCCUUAAAGGGGCAUCUUCGAUCUUAAAAGGGCGAUGCUACCCGGUAUCCCCGGGGGGCUCCGCGCCUCCCGCACCGCCGCCCCCGCGGGGCCCCCCCGUGCGACCCCCUCCCUUUGCCUUCCCCGGGAUUGACCCCACGCGGGAUCGGGUCCUUUCCCUACGCUCACCCCCCGACUGCCGCCCCCGCCCCCGCCAGACCCCGCGCGGGACCCCGCGACGGUCCCUCACCGCCCCCGGUCCCGCCCCUGCCGCAUCUCGGCCCCGCCGCGACCCCCGCGACGGCAGCGACGGUGAGUCCCGGGCGGGGGGACCGAGCGGAGAUGGGACCCCCGAGCGGGGAGCCCCUCCCGGGAGUCGGUGGAACCACUGGGAGCGCUGGGAGAGCUCUCGGAUGGGGCUGGAGGGGCGGGGGGAGCGAGUGGGGAUGGGAACCCGGCCGGGGACUUCCCUGGGCACCCCCCGCCCCUCCAGCCCCGUCCCACAGCGCUCCCAAUGCCCCCUCCCAGUGCCCCAGCGCUCCCACCGCUCCCAGUGCCCCCUCCCAGCACUCCCGGUACUCCCACGGACCCCUCCCGUCGCUCCCAGUUCCCCCAGUUUGCCAUUCUCCAACACCCACUCCCAGUGCCCCCCUCGCCCCCAGUUCCCCCUCCCAGCGCCCCCAGCCCAGUCCCUUCCAGAUGUGCCGCCCCCCCCGCGGCGCCGUUGCCAGAUGUGGGUGCGGGGAGGGGGGCACGAGGCGGGGGGCGAGGAGGGGGUCGCGGGGAGGGGUCGCUCACCCCCCCGCCCCCGCAGAGCCCGGGGGGCGAUGGAUCCCGGCGCCCCCCCCGCGGAGCCCCGCUGUGCCCUCGGGCCCCGGGGCCCCCUCGAGCCCGUCCCGGCCGCGCUCUGCGCCCUCGGGGCGCUCCUGGGCCUCGGCUGCGGCUGCUUCGGCUACCGCUGCUUCAGGGCCGUCAUGUUCCUCUCGGGGCUGUUCUUCGGCUCCGCCGUCAUCUUCCUCCUGUGCCACCGGGAGCGCGUCCUGGGGUCCCCCCUGAGCCUGGAGGCGAGCGCGGGCAUCGCGCUGGGCAUCGGGCUGCUCUGCGGGCUCCUCACGGCGCUGCUGCGCAGCGUGGGGCUCUUCACCACGGGGCUGCUGCUGGGGCUGCUGGUGGCCGCGGCCGCGCUGGCCGCGCUGGCCCCGGCGGAGCCCCCGGGCAGCCCCUGGGUGGGCGCGUGGGUGGCGCUGGGGCUGGCGCUGCUCGGGGCUCUGUCCGCGCUGCGCUGGCCCCGCGCCCUCACCGUGCUGGGCACGGGCGUGGGGGGCGCGGCCGCCCUGGUGGUCUGCGCGGAUUAUUUCGCCGAGGGGGCGGCGCUGGUGGGGUUCGCGCUGGCCCGGCUGCGGGGGGCGCCGGGGGGGCCGCUCUGCUGGCCCGGGUGGGCGCUGCUCGGAGCGUGGCCCGCGCUCAGUGUCACCGCCGUGCUGCUGCAGUGGAAGGUGACGGCCCGAGGGGCACCGAGGGGACACGUCCUCAGCCGGCGGCAGAAGCGCCUCCGGCACAAGGAGCCCAAAGCCCCCCCCGGGGGUCCCCUUCGCCGCCAGCCCCCCCCAGCCCAGCGCUGCACGGACCCCCCGAGCCCCGGGGACCCCCGAGACCCCCCGAGCAGCACCUGGAGCCUGCGGGACCGGCAGCCGGACAGCGGGACCCCGCCGGGACCCCCCGACAUCGCCGCCCCGCCCCGACACCGCCUCUGAGCCCCUCCGACGUGCCUUGGGGACCCCCCCAGCAGCGGUGCCUGCGCCUUUAAAUAAGCAAAUGAGGUUCCUCGUGCCUCGCCCACCGGGGGGCGUGGCCUGCGGGGACGGGGCUUCAGGGCACAGGGGCGGGUGGGACCCCCGAGGGCUGAGGGGGGGAUGUCCCUGGUUGGGGGGGGGAGAGCCCUGUGCACCCACCCCACCCCUCCAGCCCCCGGGGACCCCCUUGAAAACAAAGCCCCACAUUUAUUUUUGUAGGACCUACCCAAAUACUGUGAACCCACCGUGGUCUCAGCCCCCUCUCCUUCCGUUGGAGGGGAGAAGGGGGUCCUAAAAGCCUUAACCUCCACCGUGGGUGGGGGCCUCACCCAGCCCUGGGGCCCCCCAGACCCCCCAGCCCUGCCUGACCCCGAAAGGACCACACACCCCCACCCUGGGGAGGGUCCAG